AUGGAGUAACAUUUACUAACUACUUCUUGCAGUGAAGAUGAUGAAGAAAACAAGACUUUAAAAUAGGUUUAACUUGUUGUUUUUCCAAAAAGGUUUCUUAAUCCUCUUUCAACCUUUAGAAUGAAUGGAGUAAUUUUCCAUUUUUACUCUUAAAUUUUAGGAUUUUCAUCUCUAUUCUGAUGCCAAGAAUAUUGUCUUCAAUAAUAAUCUUAAAUUAGGUGUGAGUAGCCAAAAUCCAUAUAAAAAGGUCUCUAAGGUUUUAAUUGAUAAAGGAAGACUCAUGAUUUAGUACACCUAAUUAGACUUUUCUAUUACACCAUGGGAAUAUGUUGUAAAAAAAUUAGAUAGUUAUGGUGAUGCUGAUAUUCAUAAACUGAGUCAAUACAUUUAAAAAUACAUUGAAUCUCUUAAAGAUGGUCUUUAACAAGCUCAAGGAACAUUCGAAGUACAUUCAAUUACAUAAAUAUAUUUAGAAUCAUAUCCCCGAUUAUAGAGCCUCAGGACUUUAUCAAUACAAAUAUAUUAAAGAUCUCGACCAGCUAUUUAUCUCCCAAGUUUAAUAUGACAUCAAUCUCAUUGAAGAACUUGGCUACAAUGUAUCGACAUUCAUUGAUUCUUGUCUUAAAUAUGGAAUUCCAGAGUAAAUAUUUAUUUAGAAUUCUUUCAAGGAUUUCUCUCAAGUAUGGAAGUACAAAUUAAGAAUAUUACAAAAACAUAAUGGAAUUCGCUAAGCCAUUAGCACAUCCACAUUAAUCUUAAGAAUAUUAUUUAUAUUCUCAUCUAUAUCCAGAGGUAUUAUAAAUUCUUAACUGAAAGGGUAUAAAGACUGAGGUAUCUUUCUAAGUCGAACACUAAUCAAACUCAACAGACGAAGAUUAACUUAUCAACUUUAAUAUUUAUUACAAUUAUUAACCACAGUAAAAUCGCUUCUAGUUCAAUAAUAAUGAUAAAAAGACCAGAUAACUUAAUUGCAUUUCCCAUUACUAUUAACUUCAUGAGAAUCAAUUUUAGAGAUGUGGAUAUAAAAAAGUUAAAUUGUGA